GGGGGCCUUGCCGCCCAUGAUAUAUGUGCGUUUUCCGCUUCGAAACUCAGAAUAGAGGAACCCUUGUUAUUCAGAUGUUGAGUCUUGCAGGUGAGUGAACGAAUGAUGGCACGCGUCGCGUGCAGUUAGUCACGAGAGCCUUAGUGUGUUUAAAGUCAGCUGUUAAGUCUACGGUCCAGUAGCCUUUGAAAUUACUUUUUCCUCUUUCUACUUAUUUUCUCUCCCUCUGAAAAACGCAAGCAAACAAAGGGUAAUCUAUAAAAAAACAAGUAUAUCUAGACAUUUUUUACUCACGCGUUAUUCAUUUCUCCCCAAGAAUGAGCGUUUUAAAUGUAUCGUUCACAAGUUAGUGUACCAUAAUGCAAUUAAUUGAUUUGUUAUAGUUAUGGUUAAUUAACACACCCAUUGAAAAACUAAUGUUCUAUUACUUACAGCACAAACGUGACGGUAAAAAUUACAUAAUACAUUUUCACUUACGCCUUAUUCAUUUUGCCUAAGAAUUAGUGCUUUAAUUUAUCGUUCACAGGUACCAUAAUGCCAUUAAUAAAUUCAUUAUACCCGUAUAAACUAAUGUUCUAUUAGUUACAGAACAAACGUGAUGGUAUUAAAAUUACAUAACUUGGUAUAAAUAACGCCUGCCAAAACAGGUCAUUUAAAAAUAAAAAAGAAAAAGAACAAAGACAAAAAUGCAAUGCUUCGUUCUCAUCACCGACGCCUAAAUGGCGUCUACAGGAAGUACUAAAGCAUUAUUUUGUCGCGGUAAUUUUGGGUGAGGCGAUCGUUGCAUUAUGCCAAUAUUUUUUGCUACUCCUUAGUGGCGCGCAUAGUUUUCCCUUUUAGUUAUUCGGUUGAUUUAAGACCUUGUUGUGACUAGCCGAUAAAGGAUUAGCCUUGAGUAGCUCGUGGGAUGAGCAGAGAACAUUCCCCGCGACGGCAACGAGAACUUUAAAAACGCAAUAGACUAUGAGCAAAACAACAACUUUGCACGCGCAUUUCGCUUUUUCGUACAUUUCUUUGCCGCGACCACGACUGGGGACGUGAAAAUGCCUGAUUUCAUGUUUUAUGGAGGACGUAAACAAGCAACGACAAAACGUUCUUUCUUUUUCUGAAGGACAGCUCGCAUUCAUUUGCCAAAGUAAGCACGGUGAGUUGGAAUAAUCCUGAUGAAGAUUGAAAACCCGCAAAUUCACUUUUUACGCGACGUUUUCCCUUGCCUUCGCCAUCCUUGCAUCGUAAGCUCCCUAUCAUCGCGAGUAGUCGUUCUCUUCACUUUCUACCGUUUACUGAAACUAACCCACAAUAAGAAACUCCGGAUUGAGAUCAACUGAUAACUAAUCGAGAACUGGUCAGAACCGGUUUCACUGAUAGCCGUGAAAGGCUAAAUGUUCUGGAUAACGUUCCAGUUGUUCUACAAAGUUAAUUACCUACGAUUUUCGGAGGUGUGUUUUUCACCUGAUUUUUUUUAUCAAGAUAUUGCGAUUUUGUUAAAAAAAACACCGUCUCCUAAAAAUUUAAGUAUUAAGGCAAAAACUCACCUAGGAUUUUCUAAUGAAAUGAGUACGGCUACUACUCCUUCGACCAGACCCAUCAGAGUAGUUAACAGAAUGAGACGAAAAGGCCACCUAAAACUUAUUACGAGACGAUUUAAGUUCCCCUGAGACAUCCGAAAAGAUAGAUAGUUUUUUGGGCAACUCCUAUUUAAUCAAACAGGCUUGUAAAGCAUAGCUAGAGAAAACCAUUUGAGACACUCCUGACGUAUUUAGAGACAUUCCGUCGUUGGAUGGGUGUCCCUGAGUUCAGACAAGGGUGAAGAUUCACUGGUGUGUUUUCAUUAGUUACGUAACAACACCUACAGACUGUUUUAAAAGAACUUUAAUAACUUCUCCUUCGGAGAAACGAGAGUGACCAGUUCCGUUCCUAUCUUUCGCAAUGUAAAUAAUAGGAUCAGUGGUACGGUAGGCAAAAUUUUGCGUUCAUUUUAAGUAAGGCAGUCCUGUAAGGUGCAUGGGUUUUUAGCGCGCACUACAGUUAUUACAAAGGAAUACAAAUUUGAAAAAUGCAACAGAUGUUAAAGUUAUGACAAAGCUCAGUUGAUAUGUAAUUUCCGCUUCUUACGUUCUUUUAAUGUGCUAAUCUGGUGAUAAAACUGGCUACAUUCGAACAGUUAUUAAACGAAAUGUUUGGAAUAGGCACCCAUCAGCGAAAAUUAAAGUUAAUUAGGAACAGAUCAGAGGUAAGCAGCGUUCCAUAAUAAUAUUUCAACCUAUGUGUCACAGACAAAAGCUCCCACUUCCACUCGAAUUUGCAGCCUCAGUCUAAAACUCGAAAAAUCCAAACCUCGUACUGGGCACCAUUACUCAGCUGCAUUCAAAUAGUCGUACUUAACAAGAAAGAAUAAAACUCACUUACACUUAAAUAAUUCAAAAAGAAGAAGCACUUUGCACAGUGUAACAAACAGACUGCGGAAUGAGAUAAGCUUACGUAAUGUUCCUUUCCACUCGAGCAGUGGUCAUUUCACUGCGGACCCGAAUUUAUUUCACUGAAAUCAAGUUUGUGACUGGAGUUCAUCGACAAUAUCAUGAAUAAACUUGUAACCAUUGAAACGGAUGGUCAAAGUUAUUGCUAAAAAGAACGGUCCAGCAAAGACUGUGGCAAACUCAUAACAACCAUAACAACGUGUAUUACUUUUUUCAAUAUUUCGGCUUGCCAAACUAGCCUUCUUCAUAUAGCUGAGUGCCAUAAUCCGAAUAUUCUUUUAACUGAAUGGUUAUAAUUUGAUAAAAACGAAAAGCUAAAACAGAAAGUGACACAUGUGAAGAAAUUAGACCAAUUUGUAAACUUUUACAGGGUAAUCAAAUCCUAAACACACCCUGCAUAUCAGUUUUGUUUAAUAUGGAGUUGAGAUUAUGCUAAUGUUUAGGAAUUAAUUAAUUACGGAUGGCAAUAAAACUUAACAUAUGUUUUCGUAGUAAGUCAUGUCCAUGGGAGCGUGUGAUACCAUACAGUACACCCACCUCAAUAUUUAUAACGUGUUUUCUUAAGAAAUUGUUGCCAUUCAUUUUCUUCCGCCAUCAUGUUCUAGUUAACCCUGUCUCUCCCAGAAUUGCAGAAGUGACCAAAGCCCAAAAACCGACAAACAUUUCAAAUAUGCUGAGCACAUGGUACUAUGUCAUGACACAAAUCACAAAAACAAGAAAGUUUGCUCGCCUCUUCCAAAUCCAUAAAAUGCCUCCGUUAGCCCUUUUUGGUCCUUUUACAGACCCAAAUGACAGAUUUCCCUACCGUUUCAUAAACUUCAACUAAAGAAAUUUCUACCCUUUCAUAUACCUGAAGCCUGACAAAGGUACGCCUUUCAGGCGGAGCCUCCCUACAAAGGGAGUGCCCCCCCGGGCAUAGGAUUUUGUCCGCAACCUUAAAAUGGUAAAAUCACCUAAAAAAGACUCCAUCCGUUUCACACUCGUUUCACAUUACUGCAACUUAAGACGCUUCAACCUGUUUGGCUAGAAAAUCCUUCAAUAAGAACGACCGAGACCAGGUUUUAUGAGCCCGCGAGACUGCGGAGCACCCCAGCCAAACCCUUGUUUUCACUAAAACCGCUGAACGUCACAACCUGGUUGAGGUCGUUAUUACCUAAAGAUUGUUUGUGAUUGGCUGGGAAUACAAUAGGCAUUGUGACAUAACAAUGCCCCUACCCCUGAAAACAAUGCAGUAAGGACAAUUGAACACUAUCAGACGUCAAUCAAGUCUAGAAACAAAGACGAAAGACAGCGUUCUUUGAAAUUGGUGAAAAGCAAAUUCAAUCUCGAGCACUCUAUGUUUUUAGCUGCCACUUGACGAAAAAUGUCGUUUGACGUGAAUUCAUUUGUUACAAGUAAGAAAGAAGUUAUCGUUUUCUUAAAAACUCUCGGAAACAAUUCUGGAUGGUAGUCCUCAAAUUUGCCACUCGCUUUGACGCGAUCUUGCUGUUCCCCCUCGAGAAUAAUCAAGCACGUUGACCAAAGGUUUUCAAGCAUUUCCCUUUACGAAAUUCAUUUCUUCGAACGAUCUUAUAUUGGAUCUGUUAUUGUGCGCCAAUUUCAUAACCAGCUCAGUUGCGCAAACCAGUUUUGGAAGAUUAGAGGUUUGCUAUUAUUCUCUCGUUGACGUUACUGAAUGAACGAUUGACGUCCCCCUCUCUCUUCCUCCUUUUAGGCUAGCUUAAGUCAAUAGAGCAAGAGAGAGGGAAAGGGCUGAAGGCAGCUUUGAAACGUUGAAUGAGGAAUAAAUACCUUAUUUACUUCAUGAUAAAGAAAGAAACGACACAAAAAAUAGCAUUCAAUGUCGAGCAACAGUCGAGGAAUUGAAGCAGGUAUUGGGAAAAUUUUACGUCCACUUUCGACCUCUAGAAAUAUUUGGAACGAAGAAUAAACCAACUACUGAAUUCAUCUUUCGUAUGAUAUCGGACGAGCUCUUCGUUCUCCAUAAUUUUCCAUCCAAUAAUUGUUUUCUAUUAUAUAAUAUAAUGGCCAUUUUCAGGUCUUGACCCUGGAGUAAUUUACCCUGCGAGCAGAGGCUACUUGUUCGCGAUAUGUUCUUGGGUAUGCUUUCGCACGUACGUACCUACCGCACAAAGACACCCUUUGCUCUUGGGGUAGAAGAAAUUCAGACCCGGUCCACAAGUCGUCGCCCAUAUUCGGACUUGAUAGUUAAUCCUGUCGUAAGUUGACACAAAGUGUCAAAACCCAUGCCCUAAAGGGUGUCACUAAUUUAUCCACACAUUUCAUUCCUGUAUUUAUCCUACGCUAAAAAGAUUAAAAGCACAUUAACGAGCUUGAUAGCCGUUGCACAUGCCGUGGUGCAGGUUAUACUUACUAAUAAAUGGUCUGCUAUAGAACGAAUUGAACGCGAAGUUGGCUGGGCAAAUCGUUUCGUCUUUCUCGCUCAUCUUUGAAAAUCUUCUGAGGAAUCCGCAAAAUAAGCGGAAAGGUUCUAGUGCGAUAAGAAACGUUUUAGGGGGUCAAAAGCGUGUUAAUACACGAGACGUUGACAUGUUACCCGACUCGUGACUGCAAAAAGGCGUUUAUAUAAAUGAGAUAACAGAACUAUGCACUUGUGAGAGAAAAUAUUUUUUACGACUUUCAGUCAUCGGUCUCCUCUGUUAAGCUUACUUUUAGUUACCUGGUUUAGGAAACCAAUUACAACAACAGUCUUUCCUCAGGGCCUUUGAGAAAAAGCACCUUUGAGCUACUUUCAUCUCUAAUACCACUUUAUUAGGAGCAUCGACUAGGUGUCUAAUUGGUAAUGGGCGGGAUCGAACUAACCAAAGCAUGUUUAGAAAUAGAUUACGUAUCUACAUGUAUCGAGUGACGCUUUGAGAACUGUUUCUACAGGUCAACGAUUGCAGAAUGUGCUAAAUCAAAUACAACGUGAUAAACAAACGGGUAACCUUAUAAGUUAUAACCAGUUCAAAUUUAGAACAUUUUUGAAAUCCACUGAGCAAAGCAAUGAAGAAAAAGACAAAUUUAACCAAUCACAAAGCUAAGCAUUUAAUCUACCCGAGUGAUCUACUUGGGGCAAUCGAUGUUACUGAAAGUUCUUCUCCACCUUAGCCUCAGGGUAGCUACGAUAACAACGCAGGUUUAAAGGGGAUAAUGACAAUAUUUAACCUAGUAUAUCUUACCUUUUUGAAACAUUAAGGGUCGAUUAUUCAAACGAAGCCUAACUUAAGCCGCGGUUUAACAAAUCUUUGGACCUCAAGACCUCUUCCUUAGUGUGUUAUUUUAAGAAGAUAAAUACUUUUCUUGUCUACUUUGUAUGCUUGAACAGAACUGUUCACAAUAAAUGUUGUUUAGGCAAAACCGUUGGGCAAAUAGAAAAUUGCUUAGAACGCGGUUUUGUUAAACACUUACUAAACUACGUUUAAAUAACUGGCCCUAAAUUUCUUACCGUUGUUUAAACUUUGAACUUGAAAGUUUCUUCCCUCUAAUAAGAGUGAAGUAAUCGGUUUAAUUUCGUUACGUAAUAUACUUGUGAAUGACCCGUAAACGGAAGUACUGAUUGUGCCAUAGCCUGCAUGACAGACCAUGACAAACGCUGUAUGAGCCAAUCCAGGAGAACAGGGGGGACUCCCUAUAAUGGCUUACGGGGAGGUUCCGCCUGAAAGAGGAACCUUUUGCACACUUGAGGCAUAUAAAAGAAUAGGGAUUUCACUAGUUAAAGUAUAUGAAAGGGUUAAGAAAUCUCUCAUUUCGGUCUGUAAAAAGGCCCAUAAGGGGUAACAGAUGCAUUUUACGGCUGUAAAAAAGUCAAGAAAACGUUCUGGUUUUGUGGUUUAUUAAUAAGGUUUUUUUAAGACAUUGCAUUUACAGCAAUGGAUGGAAAUUUCUAAGCUGGGUAUGUGAAAGGGGUACCAUUGGUCAAGACGAAUUAUACGGAGCCCUCCCCCCCCGUAUAAAACUUUAUUGAGUAGCUACCCCGGGGGUGUACCGUAACCCCCCCAAUAUACUCAGUUUUACUCUUAAUACGUGUCAGGAACAACCAAAUGUAUAUCAGCAAGAGAAAAGUACUGCACAGCCCACCAAUAUAGAGGACCAUUUCAAACAAAUAAAGCACAAAUCAUUACGAAUUAGCCUAAUAAUAGCCCAAUGUUCUUGAGAGAGAACCCCAGAGAGAUACAGUCACGUGCGCUACCACUAAUACACGGUUACAUAAGAUUGCUGUAUAUUUAGAGCAGCCGGCUAAUUUGAUAAUAAAUUUUGAAGAGCGUACAUUAUUCGUACGUACAUUGAGCAGUUGCUUAAUUUACGUUACUUAGGAGAUAAAGUCCCCUCAGUGUGCAAGAGUCCAUUUAUUUGCGUUUCCUGUUGAUCUCGCCUAUGACAUAAGUUGCGACCUUCUUUAAUACAGUUGCUAACUUAAAUUCUGGUUAAAUACCGUUUAGUGAUGGAGAGCCUGAAAUUUCUGUCUGUGCUGCUGAUUUCCGUCCUAGUGUUGAUCAGCGACGCAAAACCAACCCACCAUCGGCCACAUGUAAGACUUUUUCAUUUUUAUAAUGUUUACACCGUACUCAGUGUUCAAGACUAAAAGACUGACUUAACGAAACGAAUGCAAAAGGCGAUAUCUUUUGCCAGUAUCAAGACGCAGUCCAAAAAAUAAGUAAGGCAGAAGAGAUCACGAAGAAACGAAAAAUAAUUAAACUGUCUGAUAAAUCCUAUUAUGCCUGUGCCUGACUCUGGCAUUUCUAAUCAAACUAAGGUUAACAAAGAUGUCGGUGAAUACAUCUUGCUCCAAGGCAACAAAUGAAUUUCACUACACUGGUGUUUCGUUUGCCCUUUUGCUGUUUCGUUUAGUCUGUAAGAUGUUUUCAUGGGCCUCCGAACAGAUAUUUUCCGAAAAUUGACGUUGGGUGCCCCUGUGUGUUUGCCGAGGUCAAAAACGCCAACGAAAACAUAUAAUCUAGGAUAAUUUUGUUAUCACUUAUUUGUACUCUUAAUCGCAAGGCUAAAAGGUUAAAAGAAAAAAAAAUAGAAUGUUCUCGACUAGGUAAGUCAUCUUUAGGGUAAAAGACCGUCCGCUAAAAUUACAUUUUAUAGGUUUUAGGUGACUACCGAAGGAAACGGUUUUAACUAUACCUGUUGCAUAUAAAAUAGAAAUGUUAUUGGGGUUCCUUCUAUAGAUGUGAAUGUUUGGUAACGUCUGCUAUAAUCAAAAAAUAAGGUUUCCGCGACCACCUCGGUAAACCAAGAACAGGUGUUCUGGCAUAUCCCCACCACCUAGUGGCAUACGCCAUUUUAUACGUUACCGCGUAUCAAUCCCGGCUGGGUUCGUAGGAGGUACCCAAGGUAUCAAAUGACUGGAGUGUGUUUUUUCUUAAAAAAAUUGUUUUGGUAGAGCAAAGAAUACACGUGCAGAUAUUCAUCUAAAUUUCUUUUAAGCACGGACAAUUUAUUGAUGUGCCAUUUGCCGCCUCUAAACAUUGUCUCAUGCACGUGCCAAAGUAUUAGGCUACUUUGUGGUUAUGAAAUUGCCGCACGUGCCGAGUCACGUUUUUUUAGAAUGGCACACAAAAAAUAUAUCAAAUUUCAACCUUUUCAACCGAGUGUGAAUGUGUCAAGUGCCGUUUGCAGCUUCGUCACUCUCUCCCCUGUAGAAGUCCCCAUUAGUAAAUAAAAAAAAGUAAUAAUUAAUAAUUAUAUUUUAAAAAAAAGAAACAGAAGCCUCCUUGUGGAGAAGAGAGGCAGAUGGAUGAGAUCUGUUAUUAUUUCUUGAUAACUAUCGUUUUUUCUUUAUCAUUUUAGUGCGCAAAGCUUCGUGGCAGUGUUUGUGUUCGAGACGAAGACUGUGCAUGCUCAAGGAAUCUCUUCUCUGCAUCUCUGAUCUGUAACUACGAAUCGAAGUGCCAGACUGAAAGCAUAUACGACAAAAUCCAGAGGAGAAUGCCAGUAAGUUGCUUUACAAAGUGACGGGAUUGAAGCAAAAGAAAUUUUAAAAUAUAGACCCUUGCCCUCUCCGAGGGGUGGCCUAAGUCAAAAUUCGACAAAAUUUUCAUUUCGUAAAAUGCGGAAAAGCAAAUAAAACUAAGUGAAAAUAAUGCUAAAGAGGUUUCAUUUGAAUGAUAGCACCACGGGAUUUCGUUCGCAGACUCAAAAAUGAACUACUAUUAAAUAGUACCAUGUGAAAAUACUUCUGAAGAGGUGUCAUUUGAAUGGUAACACCAUAGGAUUUUGUCCACAGACUCAAAAGUUAGAACGUUAAUCAAAAUAAAUAGUACCAUGAUGUGAAACUACUUUACACGCAGACUCAAAGUUAGAAUUUCAUACUAAAUAAAAAGCACCUUGUGAAAAUACUAUUGAAGAGGUUUCAUUUGAAUAGUCCACAACACAGGAUUUCAUCCACAGACUCAAACAACAUUACUUGGCUCAGUCAUUCACUCAAGGGCUUUCUUCCAUCGACAUCAGAGGGAAGCCACUGAUUUUAUAUAAUUUAAUGAUCAAAAUCCACAGACUAAACAGUAAGAGCCAUCUUGUACUGACAUUCUUUAGAAAACCACUUCAAGAGCUUAAUGCUUAAGAGCAUUAAUGUUUGAUCGAAGGAAUUUCGUCAACAAACUUGACAAGGAUCCUUUUUUCCGAAACGUAAUAGACAACACACAGGAAAGUGCAACGUUUUUGUACUUUUAAACCGGUUAUCAGACUUGAGGGUUUCACUUGUAAUAACACAUAAAGUUAGAAACACCAUGUGCAGCAAAAUAGGCAAGCAACUAGAGAACGAAAUUGUAUGAAAGUGUAUAUUUAUAAAUGGACAGUCUUUAGGUCUCAAGUCCUUCCCCUAGCAGGUUAGGUCGUACUUAUGAAAUACCAAUAUGAAGCGAAAAAAACAAAUGCUCAAAACAAUGAGACAAAGUUUUGAUUGGUUAGCUGCAGCAGCUGAUGGAAUUCAAGGAAUCGAUACAUUAAAAAAUCGACGCUGAGAGAAUACUGUCAAGAACACUAAAACUUUCACCAGCCACUCACUGAACACUGUCUAGAGUCUAAACGCUGUGAAAAUUCCAAAAUCCCCUGUGCAUUAGUCACGCAUAGAAAAAGGUUUUAACUGCACAAAGAAACUCGCACUAUUGCUAUUAUCGCGCAUAAAUAACGAAAACCAGUAAAGCAGACUACUUACAGUGAACACUGAGAAGCUUAUGCAGGUGAUCUUAGCUUGAUACGAUGUUCAAGAGUGUUUAGAACUGGAAUGGCUCCUUUGACGAUUCAGUGCCUUUACAUUAAGCUUUAUAGUUUUAAAACGCCAUGCUGAGUAAUUGGAUCAACUCUAUUUGCUUCUCGUGCUAAGCUUGUGGUCCACGUUCCUAACGUUCGUACGACGGAUAAGUGUUCUACACACGUAUUGUUUAAUAGGGUUCCAAUGUUUUUCCGGACUACAUGUGUUGAUAGUAUUACCAUGUUGAAUUAAGGUGCGAACUCUUUCAACUCUAGAAAAUUAUCAACCUCACACUGGUUUUUGUCAAUCAAAUUACGUAUUUGCUGAAUCUAUCCCACCCUCUGUUUUGUCUAAAAAUCCUUAUAGAUGUAUGUUUGAUUUACUGAAAUUUUUUAAAUGAUUUUUUUCUACGCACACGUAUUGUUUUAUAGGGUUCCAAUGCUUUUCCGGAGUACAUGUGUUGAUGGUAUUACCAAGUUGACUUAAGUUGCGAACUCUUUCAAAAUCUGUAUCUCUACAAAACUAUGUACUAACACUGGUUUUUAUCAAUCAAAUUACGCAUUUACUGAAAUUAUCCCACCCUCUUUUUAAGGCUAAAAACCCUUAUAGAUGUAUGUUUGAUUCACUGAAAUAUUUACAAUGAUUUUUUUCUACAUUGUAAUACCCUGUUAGUACGUAUCUCUAAUUGUACUACCAUAUUGACUGAAGUUAUCCCCCUCAAUCUGAAACCGACAACCUCGUACCAUAGUUAUUUAAGUCGAAUGUUUAAGAAACCCGUUAGACUCUUUCGUUACAUGUUUUUGUUAGCGUUUUUGAACCUGACCGUGGACAACGUUCAAUAGCAUUCCUAUCACUCUGGACUUACUGACCAAUAGAAACUUCGCAUUAAUUUAUUCAGUCACAAUUUGUGAACAAAAGACAAAGGAUUGUGCACGGUCAAGGAGCUUCCAACUUUGAUGUUUGCCGCGGGCUUUCAUAACCAGCCGCCUCUCCUAACUAUGCUGUACAGUCAUCUUAAAUAUCUUAACCGUAUUUACCAAGAUUAUCUCACUCUCUUAAAGCCAACAUCCUUCACAGGUCACUUGAAAAGCGACGGAAUAACGCUGACAACACACGAUCUAUUAAAUCGUUGAAUAAACCAAAACUUAAGGAUGGUUUUAAAAAAUUGACCCGGAUGUUCAGCGGUCAAUUUGAAGGACGGAUAACAAUUGAACUUUUUUUGUACGGCUUUACAGUGGUUUAAGGAGAUUAUUUCUGUUACGUGUUAACAAUUACAAUAAGGUCAAGAAUGUAUCCCCUCUGCGCAUAUUGUCGAGCCUGUGGAUUGAAGUUAUCUGUUUAAUUCAAAGACGGAAGACUCACUGGAGAAAGGAUUUGGGGAAUUUACAAAGUAUAAAACCAUUGACGACUUUCACGUUUUAGUGGAUAAUUUAUUGUCAAAACGAAACUAACAUGUUAUCAACCGUAAGAUCAUUAUCCAAAGAUCCUUUUCAAUUUUUUCUUCUGCCGUGUAAAUUGAAAUGCGAAAAAACGCUAUUAAACCAUGGCCUUCCGGAGGGGGUGGGGAGGGGAACUUUCUAUACCCCGCCCGAAAGGCGGUAUAUAUAGGUAUAUAUAUGAAAGGUUAGGGCUUUUACUAAUUGAAGUAAAUGAAAGGGUAAAAAAACCUGUCAUUUUAGUCUGUAAGAAAGCCCAAAAGGUUUUACAGGUGCAUUUUAAACUUUCUGGUUUAGUGAUUUAUUCUUAUUUUGAAAACGGUGCAUUUACAGCGGUUUAAACUCGGAUGUAAAGUUCUAAAUAAUGUAUGUGAAAGGGGUGCCAUUUGUCAGUAGAGGGUAUACGAAAGAGGUACCUCUCUGUCAAAAUGGUGAAUAAAAGGGUAAGGGGUUAGACCUCGGGACGGACCCUCCAAGGAUAAAACUUUGUUGAAUACCCCCUCCCCCGCCCCCUGAGGCUGGCCUUAAUGUUGUUAGCAGUUGUUUAGUCUGUUGUAAAAAGGACGUGCCGCAGGCGUCGAUAGGAAUGUGCUAAUGGAAACGGAUAAGUUACGUUAGAGUAACCACACUUUAAACAUAAAGCCACUCCUUUCGUUUUUUGUUUUUUUAAGCAAAGGAAAUAUCAAGAAUCCUUGAAGUUUCCGUUAUCUUGAAUUGCUUAACCUUGACUGUAAUUCAUGUGUACUAUUUUAAUCUUGGUCACCAAUGUGUCAUAGGGUGAUCUAGAAUGUACUUAAACGACCAAAAUAACUGCUUAAAGAAGGGAAAAUAACACGAACAAAACAGAGAAGCUCAAUCUGGUCAAGGCGGGCAAAAUUGGAUAAGAUUCAAAUGGACUGAUUUGGGCUGAACUCAAACUUGAAAAACGUUUACUUUAAGUUGCAUAAACGUGUGAGAUGUAAUGCUUAAAGAUAUUUGCCGUGCUAAUAGGAAGUUAAAGCCAUUAAUUAACGAAAAUAAACACAAUUAACAAUAACAAUAACAUCGUGACCUAGACAGGGUUCUGCUUCAAGUUGUGGUAUUUUAAAAAAUGUUAAACAUGGAACCAAUUACUUUCCUUGAAGUCAAACAGAAACAUCAACAAAGUUUAAACACUUUUGGACUCAAUAGCGUAUAAUGACUUUAAAGUCCUCCACUGAAUUGCAUAUUUGUCUAAAACCCAGGCUGUUACACUCGCUUUUAUAGUACAGGACAAGUGUAAAGUCUGGCGCGAUUGGCUUUUAGCCCAAUUCCCAAAACCUGGAAGGGACGACACUCAUUAAAAAUACCCAAAAUCAUUCAAGUGAAGAGGAGAUGAUUGAAAGUGAAAGCAUGCCAAGUAUAGAGCCAAGCUAUUUUGGUUUUCUUUAGGGGUUGUUGAAUACCAGUUUUCCGACGAUAAUCCCGUCUCUUCCUUAAGGGGUACCUCCCUCCAUCUCGAGUGUAAAGAAUCACUGUAAACGGUCUCUUAGAGUUAAUGAGUUCGUAAAUUCUAGCGUGGACAGCGAAAACGUAUACGACGGGCUGGUGUGACAUGGACUCAUUUUGGUUGUGUAAAAAACUUAUGUGGACCUGUGCGUUUUGUUUCAGUGUUUCCGUGUGUACAAGUCUACAUGCAAGACAGACGCCGAUUGUCGCCCUUGCAACGAAGCUGAGUUAACAUGUGAAGACAGCGAAUGCGUCAGAGAAAAAGUCGUGUUCGCUUAGAACACAAAGAUGCGCCACUUGCGAAAGAAACACACUUUACAUCGAUUCAUAUCCAACAUAUUCCGUGGAUGAUUCCCUUCCGGUUGGAGAAUGGCCGUGGCAAACAACUUGAUUGAAAAGAGCACAGUUUGCUUAGCGGUCAACUAUUAUACUUUGAAAGUACCUUUUCAGCUAAGAACAGUUUCUUUCGAUGCACAUAUAAGACAGAAAAGAGUUGAGUUAUUAUGUAACCCACCUAUAAAUUUAUUGACAGUUUAGCAUAUAUUUUUGUACAUUGUUUAAGUAGUUACCGCUCUAGAUGCGUAGCCACUAUGCCAUCACGCGCGUAAGUCGCAGCAAUAGCACG